GUGAUCUAUUUGGGCUCCGAGUGCAUGCUCGCCCGAACGGUUCUCAAGCCUGCUCGUCUCCUGCCCAGUCUUGUCCGCGCGCUGAGUACCUCGGUCGAUAGCAUGAGCAACAACAACUUCAACAACAACUCUCGAGGAGGCCGUGGCGGCGGUCGCGGUGGUCGUGGUCGUGGCCGCGGCGGUGGCUUCCGUGGCGGCCGCGGUGGAGGCCGCGGUGGCGGUCGCGGCGACGUUCCGUGGUUUCGCCAAGAAGGCUACAACGACGCGGUCGCGAGCAGCGUCGACGAGACCGAGGUCGGCAUCAAGGUGUUUGUCAACGACCUCAAGGGCUUCAAUGGCAUCGUCAAGCAGCGCUUCUCGGACUUUAUCGUGCGCGAAGUGGCCAUGAAUGGCAACGACAUUGCGCGCCUGACCGAGCUCGAGCUGCCGCCGCAAGGCAAGAAGAACCGCACCGUGCACACGCUCUUGUUUGACGCGAUGGAGCGCUACCUCGGCUUGUCGUUUGCCAAGUCGACGGCCUCCAAGCAGCACCGGUACCACGAGACGACAAGUGACCUUCCGAGCGCGUCGUCGGGCCUCGAGAGCAUCUUUGACGUGCUCUCCAAGCGCCUCGUCGAGCUCUUCGUCGCAAACCGCGAAAACGGCGCGUCGUAUGCGGCCAAGCGCCAAGCCAAGCUCUUUGUCGCCGAGGUCGCGACCGCGCUCGACGCGACCGAAGCCACGACGCUCGACGCGUUCUUGCACCAAGUGAUUGCGACGACCGAUGCGACGGCCAAGGCGGCGCUCGUGUACCACUUCCAGCCGCUCGAGAAGAAGGACGACCGGACCGCGCUCCACGGGCUCAUUCGCGAGUACGGCAAGGAGCUCGUGGUCGCCGACACGACGUCCGAGGCGGGCAAUGACGCGGCGACCGUCAUCCGCCUCCGGCCGUUCAACAAGAACGGUGCGAAGCGCAAGGACAUGGACCACCGCAACAACCGAGCGGACGCCAACUGGCCGCACAACCGCCCCGACUACGUCAAGUUUAUCAUGUACAAGAAGAACAAGGAGACGGUCGAGGCGAUGCAGCACAUGGCCAAGAUUUUGCACUUGAACGACGGCGUGUUUACGUACGCAGGCACCAAGGACAAGCGCGGCCUCACGACGCAGUGGGUCACGGCGUACAGAGUGCCGCGCGAGACCAUUGCGCGCAUCAACAACCACAAGAGCUACGGCAAAAACUACGACAUGUACGCGUUCCUUGUCGGCAACUUUAGCUACGUGAACGACCCGCUCACGCUCGGCGACCUCUACGGCAACCAGUUUGGUCUCGUGCUGCGCAACAUCCCUGAUGACGUCUCGGACGACGACAUUGCGGCCGCCGUCCACGCGUGGACCACCAUGGGUUUCGUCAACUACUUUGGCUUGCAGCGCUUUGGCACCAAGUCGAUUCCGUCCCAUACGGUCGGGCGCGCGAUGCUGCGGAAAGACUUCAAGGGCGUCGUGGACCUCAUCCUCGGGCCCAAGGACGGCGAUGCGAGCAAGAUCCGCGAGGCGCGUGUGCACUUCCAGCAGUACAAGGACGUGGACGCUGCCUUGCGCAUGUUCCCUCCCUUCCUCGUCGCGGAGAACGCAGUGCUCCAAGGGUUCUCACGCCACGGUCUCGACGCGUACGAGCGUGCGAUCCGCAACAUCCCGACCAAGCUUCGCAUGAUUUAUACGCACGCGUACCAGAGCUACAUCUGGAACGAAGCCGCGAGCUACCGUUUGAGCCACUACUCGAACACGGCGCCUGUCAUUGGUGACAUGGUGCUGCGAGGUGACGUCGAGUUGGACCCGGAAGCCGAAGUCGAAGCAAAAGAGGAGACGCAGCCGACCAAGAAGCGGCGGCGCUUUGUCGAGAGCGACAUUAUCUUUGUGACCGAAGACAACAUUGGCGAGUACGCGAUCGAAGACGUGGUGCUGCCCGUGCACGGCUACUCGACGCUCCUGCCCAAAAACACCGUCGCCGAGGUCUACACCCGCUGCGCGACGCAAGAUGGCGUGAAUUUCGAGUCGCUUCGGAAAGACCAGUCGCCCGAGUACAACCUCCCGGGCUCGUACCGCCACAUUUUGCGCAAGCCGCAACAAGUGCGCCACGAGAUCAAGCGCUACGACGACGAGACGAUCCCGCUCCUGCCGUCCGAAGUCGACGUGCUCUUGAGUCGCCCGACGGUGCCGUCGCUCCCGAACGGCAAGUUCAAGGCCAUCUGCCUCGAGUUCAUCCUCCAGUCGUCGAGCUAUGCGACGAUUGCGAUCCGAGAACUCCUCAAGCAGAGCUCGAGCAUCCACGUGCAACUGCAGCUCAACGAGCAAAAGGCCGGCAAGGCGAUCGACACGUCCAACGUUAACAAGGUCAAGUCCAUCCCGAUCGGUCGACCAGGCUUCUCGCUCGGCAAGCAAUAAGGACGUCCGCUUGUCUAUCGCUAUGCGACAUGAAAGCUCCCGAUCAAUGAACAUACCACCCUGCACUGUA